GAUGGACUGGAACUGGAAGGAACAGAGACAUUUCACAACUGGUGGAGGGGCACAGGCGGAUGGCCAGACUAUAAGAGAUGCUGCGCCUGGGACCAGCCCCAUUUCAGCUGGAGUGGACCUCGCUACUUCGUCAAGAUGAGCAAGACCUCCCAGACCCAGGAGCCUCUCUCUGAGCUGGAGAAGGCCAUGGAUGUCAUCAUUGAUGUCUUCCACCAGUACUCAAGACGGGAGGGGGACAGAGACACUCUGACCAAGCAGGAGUUGAAGCUCAUGAUUGAGAAGCAGCUUGCAAACUACCUGAGGCACGUGAAAAACAAGGCCACCAUUGAUGAAAUCAUGAAGGACCUUGAUGUCAACAAGGAUGCUCAGAUCAGCUUCUCCGAGAUGAUGAUGCUGGUCAUCCGGGUGACCAUUGCCACCCAUGAACACCUCCAUGAGGUUGAGGACCACCAGCACAAACACCAGCACCAGCACCAGCACCAACACCACCACUGAAGCAGAUUUUGGGCUCCGGUGGAAGGCACCACACAGUAAUUGCAGCCCCCGGAUUUCCUCUCUCCAUCCCUCUUUUUGCACCUCCCUCCUUCCCUUCCUUCAAGUUUUAUGGUUUUGGUGCCAAAUAAAGAUUUGCCUUGAGGCUGUCAAAGCUCU